GAUUUACAUAUAAAGUUUGUAGGAUUUUUAAGUGUUAGUGUGGUUUGGUUUACCAAUACCAUUGAUACAUUCCUUGGAGUUUCCGUUCCCGAGUUACAAGCUGUUGCAGCUGGUUCAAUCUUUCUUUGCAUUGUGAUGGUUGUUUGGAUAAUCAGUUUUGGAUCAGAGAAUGAUUCAUUUAUCUCAAAAAUCAUUAAUUCUUGGGCUCUUAAUAAAUCUGGAGCAGUUGUUGGAGGAGUAACAGAUGGGCCAAUUACAUUAGGUCCUGUACAAGAACAAUUAAAUACUGUAGUAGUAUCUCCUAAUGCUGAUUAUGCAUAUAAGGCAAGGGCGUUGUACGAUUAUCAAGCAAAUCCUGAAGAUCAAAAUGAACUUUCACUUAUUAAAGGUGAAGUUCUUGAUAUAGUUGAUAAUAAGGGUAAAUGGUGGCAAGCAAGGAAAGCUGAUGGAGCAGUUGGUAUAGCACCCAGCAAUUAUGUAAGUUUCUAA